AUGUUAAUUAGUUUUAAUGUUUAUUUGAUUUGUAUUAUUUCAAAUUUGUCAAUUAAUGCUCUGAUUCCUAAUCAUAAGGAAUCCAAAUUUUCUAAUUUCUAUAAUCGCAAUAAAAAUGAAUCAAAUUUAUUUAAAGGUUUGAGGACUAAAUUGGCUUUAUUACCAUUUGAAUGUGGUUAUUUUAAUUUUUUCAAGAAGGAUAAAUCGAAUGGAUUUAAUGUGUUUAAAUGGGCUUCUGAUAAUUCUAAAUCAGAAAAGGAUGAGAAAUUAGGAUUAGUAGAGACACCUAAAAAUGUAGAAGAAUUCCAAGACGUAUCAGUAUAUCAAAAAAUCUUAGAAGGAACUUCUUCUAAACUAUUUGUACUUAAUGAUACAUUUGGUGGAAAUAGUAAUGUAAAUGUAAAAAUAGGCAAAGAACAAGCUAACAAAUUAAAUUUAAUGACUGGUGAUUUUGUAAAAGUUCGUGGUAGGAGGCGUAAAGUAACUGUAUGUGGAGUGGAUGUUACAGAAUCAAUUACUAAAAAUGAAGUGUCAUUUCAUGAAGAUUUAAGACGGAAUUUAAGAUUAAGACUUGGUGACAUUGUUUUUAUGGAUAAAAUUAAUACUAUACCAGAAGCUAAAAUUGUACAUAUCUUACCAUUUAAAGAUACUAUUGAACCUUUAAUUAAACAACUUUCAAUAUAUAAUACAGAAAAUGAUGUAAGAAAAGUAAUAAAGAAUAUAUUGUAUGAAUAUUUUUCGAAUGAAGUGAGUAAUGGGAAUAGUCGUCCAGUACGUGUUGGUGAUCAUUUUACAUUAUGUGUACGUGUUAAUGGUCCGAGUUCAGUAUCAUUAACUGAUCAAUGUGAUUACUUAAAAUUGGAGUUUAAAAUUCUACAAAUAAAAGCCUUUUCUAAAAAAUUUGGUGAUGUUUUAGUUGAUAGUGAUGUCGGUUUAAUAGUUGGAGAAAGUGUAAUUGAUUCUGGUGGCAAUUAUUUAAGUCGUGAAGAUGAUGACUCAUUUGGUGAAGUUGGUUAUGAUGAUAUUGGAGGCAUGAAUAAACAACUUUCUAAAAUUAGAGAACUUAUUGAAUUACCUUUAUUACAUCCUGAACUUUUCAAAACUGUAGGAAUUAAUCCACCAAAAGUUAGUUAUUUAGCCCCUCCAGGGGUUACCUUAUUAGUUAGUUAUAUCCCCUUACGGGGAUACCGCUUGAGCAAGCACCGUAACGGGAAUAUAGGUUCUGGUAAAACAUUAGUAGCACGUGCAAUAGCUAAUGAAACAGGUGCUAAAUGUUAUGUUAUAAAUGGUCCGGAGAUAAUGUCGAAAAUGGUUGGUGAAUCUGAAGAGAAGCUUAGGAAAACAUUUGAAACUGCUUCGAAAAAUGCACCUUCCAUAAUUUUUAUUGAUGAAAUUGAUUCUAUAGCUGGGAAAAGAGAUAAAACUUCUGGUGAACUUGAAAGAAGAUUAGUUUCACAAUUAUUAACACUUAUGGAUGUAUUAGCAGCAACAAAUAGAAUAAAUUCAAUUGAUAAUGCAUUAAGAAGAUUUGGACGGUUUGAUCGUGAAAUAGAAAUGGUAAGUUGUGAUGAGAAAGAACGAUAUGAAAUAUUAAAAGUAAAAACAAAGAAUAUGCGUUUGGCAGAUGAUGUUGAUUUACAUAAAAUAGCAAAAGAAUGUCAUGGAUUUGUUGGUGCAGAUAUAGCACAAUUAUGUUUUGAAGCUGCUAUGACAUGUAUUAAAGAAAGUAUUAAUUCACCAGCUCUACAUCAAUAUUAUUAUGCAGAAGAAAUACCACAAGAUGUACUUUCCAAAUUAUUAGUACGUAAUAAACAUUUUAUGGAAGCUCUUUCAUUAUGUAAUCCAAGUAAUUUAAGGGAGAAAAUUGUUGAAAUUCCUGAAACUACUUGGAAUGAUAUUGGAGGGCUUGAAACUGUUAAAAAUGAACUUAUUGAAACUAUUCAAUAUCCAUUACAAUUUCCUGAAAAAUUCAUUAAAUAUGGUCAAUCUUCUAAUAAAGGUGUUUUAUUCUAUGGUCCACCAGGACCUGAAUUAUUAACAAUGUGGUUUGGAGAAUCAGAAGCAAAUGUAAGAGAAUUAUUUGAUAAAGCAAGAGCAUCAGCACCAUGUAUAUUAUUUUUUGAUGAAAUUGAUUCCAUCGCAAAAACUAGAAGUAGUAAUACAAGUACUGGUUCAGAAGCUGCUGAUCGUGUUAUUAAUCAAAUACUUACUGAAAUUGAUGGAAUCAAUGUUAAAAAACCAAUCUUCAUAAUUGCCGCUACUAACAGGCCGGAUAUAAUUGAUCCAGCAAUAUUGAGACCAGGACGUUUGGGUAAAUUGAUAUAUAUACCAUUACCAGAUUUGAAGAGUCGUGAGAAUAUUUUUAAGGCUAGUCUUAAGAAUUCUCCACUUUCACCUGAUGUUAAUAUUUCAAAAAUGGCACAACAACUUGAAGGUUAUUCAGGAGCUGAUAUAGCUGAGAUAUGUCAUAGAGCUGCUAGAGAAGCUAUACGUGAAAGUAUUGAAGCUGAAAUAAAACGUAAACGACCACUUGAAAAAGGUGAAAAGGAUCCUGUUCCAUAUAUAACUAAUAAACAUUUUCAAAUCGCACUUAAAAAUUCGAGGUAUCCCAUUACGGGGUCAGGUCCACGGCCAUCCACUAGCCCUGAAAAGGGCUUCUUAACCCCCAAAGGGGAUACUAGUUCCUUAGUUACAUAUAUAAUAGUUAUCCUAGGGUAG